AUGUGGGCCACCGGAGCUGUCGUCUGCUCGCCAGUCUAUAAAAUUUUUUCAACCUGCUGCCCGAUCCGAAAGGCACCUUCCCGGCCAACACCACAAGCCAGAUUGGAACUGGGACGUGGAGGAAUACCGACAUACGCAAAACCCCUAACCGUCCAACCUGCGAGCUGUGAACUGGAGGUGGAAACCAAAAACUACGGGGAGAUCCGAUUCAAGCUCGAUUAUAACUUUGAACACGGCCAGCUGGCCGUCACCGUCAUCGAAGCUCGAGAUCUUCCCGCCAUGGACAGUAAUGGAAUGUCAGACCCCUACGUCAAACUCUAUCUGAUGCCUGAGAAGAAGCAAAAAUUCCAAACGAAAUUUAUCCGGAACACCCUGAACCCAGUCUAUAAUGAGGUGUUCUAUUUUCCAAUCCCAUUUAAUGAACUGCAAAGUAAAUCGUUGCAAAUUGUGAUGUAUGAUUAUGAUCGACUCUCAAAGGACGACCGAAUAGAUCCAUACGUCAAAAUCUACUUAUUCCAUGGAGCCAAAUUGUUGGGGAAGAAGAAGACGUCAAAGAAAUAUAAAACACUAAAUCCCUACUACAACGAAAGCUUUCAGUUUAAGGUGGAACCGGUGAUGAUGGAUAGGGUGCACUUGGUUGUUAGUGUCUGGGACUACGAUAAAAUGAGCAAAAACGAUUUUAUUGGAGAGGUGGUCCUCGCUGCUCGACAUCUUGAUGUUCCAAAUGUGACAGCGUCAUGUCAUGCUCAAUGGGCCGAAAUGAUGCAGUCGAAACGGCCGGUCGUCCAAUGGCAUACACUAAUGCCAAAAUUUGACGAAAAAGAGGACGAC